AUGGGCAAAAGAAGAAAUGGCGGAGGCCAAGAUAGAAGUAAAAAGAGAUAUAAAGUCUGUACAGGGAUGCUAGAACCAGGAACUGCUGGGGUUUAUGCUACCUGUGGAAGAAAGCGUGAAAAGAAAUGUACCGAUGAGUUGAUGGCACUUUUCAAUGAUAAGAUCGAAGAAUACGGGAUUAAGCCUCUUGAAGAUGAUACAGAAGAAAAGAAAACCAACGGAGAAGAACAAGACAAGAAAGAAUUAUCUAUUGAGGACUCGAUCAAGGCCGAGUUGGAACAACUUGAAGGGUCCAAGAAGAAGCUGAACAAUAAGCAUAAUUUACUCCAACCGAUCACUUUGGGUCAAGAAUGUCUUGUGUUCAUCAAGUUAAGAAGACCAAUCGAUCCUGAGAAGUUUAUUCAUCGUAUUCUUACCGAUUUGUACAAUGAUAAAGAGCGGAGAACUCGUUUCACGUUGAAAUUGACCCCGGUACAAUCGUCUUCCAGUGCCAGUAUCGAAGAGAUCCAAAAACUAUCCAAGAAGGUUUUGGCUCGCCAUUUCCAUAACCCAGAAGAUCAGAAGAAAGGGAUCAAGUUUGCGAUUAAUGUGAGUAAAAGAAAUUUCAACACUGUGCCAAGGGAAGAAUUGAUUAAAAAGAUUGCCGAGUGCAUGGGCCAUGAAAAUGACCAUAAAGUGGAUCUUAAAAAUUACGAUAAGUUGGUCAUGGUGGAAUGUUUCAAAAAUAACGUUGGGAUGAGUGUGGCUGAUGAUUAUGAAAAGUACAGUCGAUAUAAUGUUGACCAAAUGUACUUGAAAUUUGAUGGUGAUGAUAAGGGAGACAAAACCAAUACCAGAGUUGGGGAGAAUGAAAAGGAAAUAGUUAAGAAGGACGUGAAAGAAAAUGAAGAAUCAAAACAGGAAAAACAAGAGGAAGAAAAAACUGAGGAGUCUACCAAAGAAGACUCGAUAAAAGAAGAUGAAACUGAAGAGGAAAACAAUAGCACAGAAUCAAACAAAUCUGCCCCAGGCUCCCCAGGGAUCAAAUUGUUUGGUUAG